CAGACAACCGAGUCACAGACAAUCAAUCGCAUCUCCUCCUUGUCCUCUUCUCCCAUCUCCUUUAUCGUUGCCGUAUACUCGCAAUACAAAAUGUCUGCCGUUGGUACGCUUUGGACAGUCCCUGGAAUGCGCCAGGCUAUCGUCAUCAGGAGCGUUGCUGCUCUUGCUGGCCUUCAGCUCGACCUUCCUGAAUACAAGCACUUUGAGGACAACAAAAAGCCCGAAUUCACCGCAAAAUUCCCCCAUGGAAAGAUCCCAGCUUUGGAGACUGCCGAUGGCUUCAAGCUGUUUGAGGGAGCUCCCAUUGCACGAUAUCUUUCCACACUCGCCCCCAACUCGAAUCUCUUGGGCACAAACGACCAGGAGGCAGCCCUCGUAGACCAAUGGGUUCACUUCGCAGAGUCAGAAAUCUCAACACCUAACGAUAUCAUGUGGCAAAUGUUGAACGGGUACCUUACACCGUACAACAAGCCUAUCCACAACACGCUCGCUGAACGUCAGCUCCGCGCUAUCAACACUCUUGAAACCGUUCUUGCCACCCGCACUUUCCUUGUUACCGAGCGCAUCACCCUUGCAGAUAUCGUAGUGGCCUCCAGCUUUCAACGUGCUGUUGGCCUUGCUAUUGACGCUUCCGCUCGUGCUAAGCUUCCCAACACAAUCCGCCAUUUCGAAACAUUGGCUAACCAACCAAAGCUUAAGGAAAUCUUUGGCGAGACUACCUACGUUGAGAAGGCUGCACAGUACGUUGCGCCAGCAAAGGAGAAGAAGCCUGCUGCUGCUGCCCCCGCCCCUGCUGCCCCUAAAGAAAAGAAACCAAAGAAGGUAGAAGACGAUGAGGAGGAUGAGCCUUUGGUUCCUGAAGAACCCAAAGCCAAGAACCCCCUCGACUCGCUCCCAAAAUCAACUUUCAACCUCGAAGACUGGAAACGUGCCUACUCUAACAAGGACACGCGCGGUCCUGGAGGAGCACUAGAGUGGUUCUACGAGAACUUCGACAAAGAUGGUUUCUCAGUCUGGCGUGUUGACUUCAAAUACAACGAGGAGCUCACGUUGACAUUCAUGUCCUCCAACCAAAUUGGCGGUUUCUUCAACCGUUUGGAGGCUUCGCGUAAAUACCUCUUUGGUUCGGUUGGUGUUCUUGGCGAAUCCAACGCGUCGAUCAUCGCCGGAGCUCUGAUCCUGCGUGGUCAAGAAGCCACCCCCGUGGUUAAUGCCGCCCCAGAUUACGAGAGUUACGAAUACAAGCAGCUCGAUCUGGAUAACGCAGAUGACAAGAAGUUCUUUGAGGGUGCUUUGGCCUGGGAUCUCGAGAUUGACGGCAAAGUUUGGAAAGACGGAAAGAACUUCAAGUAGAUGUAUCCUUAUUACCAUGCCGCGACGUGGUUGUACCUUCCUUGGUGGUGUUGUGAGGUGAACUGUAGUAGAUCUUUGUCCAGAUUGGUAUCAAUAGCUGUGUUGUGUUCUAGUUCAUGAUUAAGUAUACGAUUCGUUUCAGAAGUCAUUAUCAAGAAAUAUAGAGUCCAAAGGAAAGCUGAACCU